AUGUUCUACUUCCACUGUCCGCCUCAGCUGGACGGAGAGUGCUGCCGCUCCAACACAUUGAAUUCAAGCGGAUUUGGCAACCACGCUCCGGCUGAUUUUGAUGAUGGAUUUCUACGAAGAAAACAGCGAAGAAACAGAACAACGUUUACUUUGCAACAGUUGGAGGCUUUGGAGGCUGUGUUUGCGCAGACUCACUACCCGGACGUGUUCACGCGAGAGGAGCUGGCCAUGAAGAUCAACCUGACGGAGGCCAGGGUGCAGGUUUGGUUUCAGAACCGCAGAGCGAAGUGGAGGAAGACGGAGCGAGGGAGCUCAGACCCGGAAGGAGGGAAAGAGCAGAUGAGCGAGGGCACUCCUCCGUCUCGCAGCCUCAACUCUCAGUCCCCGGUGGACCACGGCAGGAAACAGAAAGAACCGCUGGAGAUGCAGCAGAGCAUCAACAGGACGGUGGGUCCGAGUGGUCCCUUCUUCCCGUCGUGUAUCCCAGGAACGCUCCUCAAUUCCGCCACCUACGCCCAGGCCCUCUCACAGGUCGCCACGCUGAAAGGUAAUGGUUUGUGCUCCUGCUGCGUCUCUGACCCCAUGGGCCUGUCCUUCCUGCCGCCCUACGGUUGUCAGGGCAACCGCACAGCCAGCGUGGCCGCCCUGCGCAUGAAGGCCCGCGAGCACUCGGAGGCUGUGCUCCAGUCUGCGAACCUGCUCGGGGCCGCGGCGGGCGGGCCGGGCGCCGGCGUGGGGGUCCUCUCCGGAGUCGGCGUGAGCGCGUCCGGAGUGGCGCGAUCCUCCGUGGGGCCCUCCAUCGAGGUCCCCGGCGCAGUGGGAAGAGGCAGGGACAGCGCCAGUCCCGGUCUGGCCAACAAGGUGCCGGUGCUGGGCAGCGGUCCUGACAAACACCCUCACUGCUCCAAGGAACAACUGGAGAAAAAGUGAGGGCGCUGGGACGCAAAACGUGGACGUACUGAUACUCUAAAAUCUGUGUGAGCGUGCCUGUUAUCACUUCUCUACUCUAAGAAACACAAGAAGCACAACUACAAAUCAAGUCCAGAAAAAAACUCCUGGGAAAGACUUUUACUGAAAUCACAAUGUGUGGACGCAGACAUUAAAAUAUUUAUUUGACUGUAAAUUAUCGUUUUUUUUGAAGAAAUGCUGAAUAUACGGGGCUUUGUUUUCCCCAUGAAAAAGCACAAGUGUGGUUUGGAUCUUUAUCUGUCUUCAUGCACUCUCUUGGACUCUAUUUAUUGGACUGACAUAGAUACAACA